AUGCACGCCGAGGGGAAUCCCAAGACGCGCAGCUUCUCGGAAGCCUUUGCCGCCAACGGUAGCGGCGGCCUGCAAUCGGCGGCGGCCGAGCUCAAGAGGCGCCGCGUCGCAGAGGGCGGCGGCGUCACCCUGCCUCUCUCCACGGGCAAGCUGGCCAAGAGCUUCACGCCCACCCGCGGCGGCCGCUCCUGGACCGUUUCCGUCGCCAUUCCAGGCAGCAUCAUCAAACACCUCCCGACAGCCGAGCAGCGCCUCGCCACCGUCGCCCGCCUCGCCCGGACCCUCACCAUCUUCUGCGUCGACGAGGUCGUCGUCUUCAACGACGAGGGGCCCUCGCCUUCACAGACCCUGACGCUGCUCAACGGAUCGGGCGUGGAGGCCGCGUACACGGGCGACUCGGACCCGUGCCACUUCGUCGCGCAGGUGCUCUCCUUCCUCGACUGCCCGCCGUUCAUGCGCCGCCGGCUGUUCCCGCUGCACGCCAACCUGCGGCACACCGCGCUGCUGCCCGCGCUCGACGCGCCGCACCACCCGCGCGCCAAGGCGCCCUGGCUGCCCUACGCCGAGGGCGUGACCGUCGAGGAGGAGGAGAUGCUCGGCGAGGGGGGCUCGCUGGUCGACACGGGCAUCGGCGGCAUCGUCCGCGUCGCGGAGACGAUACCCCCCAACACGCGCGUCACGCUGCAGCUCGACGACCAGCAGCAGCAGGGCAGCCCGCCGGUGUGCGUCCACCCGGAGGCGCCGCGCACGAGAGGCGGGUACUACUGGGGCUACGCGGUGCGUCGCGCCGCGGGGCUGUCCGCCGUCUUCACCGAGUGUCCGCGCGAAGGCGGCUACGACCUGAGCGUCGGCACGUCCGAGCGCGGCGCGCCGCUGUCGCAGGCCCUGGCGGGGCGUCAACAACGCCGGCAACAACAGCAGGGGCGGCAAUCACACGGCCACCAUCAUCAUCGGCGCGGCGGGGAGGCCCAGCAGCAGCAGCAGCAGCAGGCAGACAGCGUCGCCGCGCCGUCUUUCCGCCACCUGGUGGUCGUCUUCGGCGGCCCGCGCGGCCUGGAGCACGCGGCGGACAGGGACCCGAGCUUGGCGGCGAUGCACAUCCGCGGGCCGCGCACGCGCGAGCUGUUCGACGAGUGGGUGGACGUGCUGCCGCACCAGGGCAGCCGCGUCAUCGCGACGGACGAGGCGGUGCCGAUUGCGCUGAUGGGCCUUCAGGGGCUGUGGGAGUCGACCUGA